CGGUGGCAAUAAAGUAAAUGGGCGCCAGUGGCAGUUAGUACUCACAAAAUAAUCAACGAACAAAUAAACGGACACAAUCCGGCCAGCUGUAUUUUUCAAUCACAGUGUAAAAAGUGAAAAGUGCGUGCGACCAGAUUCGGUACUUUUACGUGUAACACACUGUGGCAAGCAAGCGAGUUCCCUUAAAGAAAUUAACUAAAUUUUUGCGUAGAACAGAAACAACAAACUAUAUUUUCAUAUAAACGUUCAAAUAAACUUUUUAAUUCAAAUGAAUUAAAUGAUUUUUAGAUUGCAAAAUUUAAAAUAAAGUGUAACUAAAUGCUUUUCUACGCACACGAAAUUUUGUAAUGUAUAUGAGUGAUAUAAAAGGCAAUUAUUGAAAGUGAAUUUGUGUGUCAUAGCGCCACGAAUAUAAUUUAAUUAUACAAUUGACAGUUUGCAAUAUUUCGUGUAAAGUGGAUAACGAACUAGCCGUCAUUAAGUUGACCGGCUGCACCAGUAUAAUUAGUGACGUUGAGGACGACAACAUCGUUGCGGAUUACAGCAAUCAACUACAACACUACAAACGUGAACUUCAAUCAACAAUAGACACACUGGAAAAUUCCGUAUCUACGCCGCCGCUGACACACUCCGAACAGCAACAACAGCCACAAUUUCUAAAAAUUGAACAUACAAGUAGUUCGCAUUCAAAUUUCGACCAUUAUCAACCACAUCAAGAGCAACAACCGUUUUAUAAUAAUUUUUAUAAUCAUGAAAAUUUGGCACAAACGUUAUAUCAACGAAAACAAUCACCUAUAACACAAUCAUAUGAGCACAAUCAACAACGUUUUUCAUAUUAUCGACAACAACAGCAGCAUCAACAAGUCACACAGGAUCAACAACGGAAAUUACUCGAAAUGUUUGCUUUACAACCAACACCAUCAAUGGGACCUGUCAUCUCGCCAUGGUCGGGAACAAUGAUCGAUCGCAUACCUUCACUCGAUGAUAUGCCACACAAAGAUAAUGUUAUUGCGAUGAGAAACCUACCAUGUUUGGGUGUUGGUGUCGGUAGUAAUAAUAGUAGCAGCGGCACCAUCGGCGUCGGCAGUUUCAGUGGCGUUAGUGUCGGCGGUGGCAACGGUGGUGUCGGUGGUGUUGUCAGUGGCGGCGUUGGGAUCGGUGGUGUCGGCGGAAUCAGUACGGGCAAAUCAGUUGUGGCUGCCGCGGCUGCUACUGCUUUGGAUGCAACAACUUCCACAGAAGAGCCAUCAAUAAUACCACACGCAACGCCGUCAUAUUUCGCAACAACCUACUACCACCUAGGUGAUGAUGAAUCAGGUCAUAGCGGUGUAAAUCAAUUAGGAGGCGUAUUCGUGGGAGGACGCCCAUUACCUGAUUCUACUCGUCAAAAAAUCGUUGAGUUGGCCCACUCAGGAGCACGACCUUGUGAUAUAUCCCGCAUAUUACAAGUUUCUAAUGGCUGCGUCAGUAAGAUUUUGGGCAGAUAUUAUGAAACUGGAAGCAUACGACCACGAGCUAUUGGUGGUUCUAAGCCACGAGUGGCCACCGCAGAGGUUGUGAGUAAGAUUUCACUUUACAAACGCGAAUGUCCUAGCAUUUUUGCGUGGGAGAUACGUGACCGGUUAUUGCAGGAAUGCAUUUGCACUAACGAAAAUAUACCUAGUGUUUCCUCUAUAAAUCGAGUACUGCGCAAUCUGGCCGCUCAAAAGGAACAACAACAUAGCUCGCCUUUGACAAAUGGCAGUAACUGUAAUGGGGGCAGCGUUGCCAGUACUAAUAGCAACCCGAAAGCAACCAAUCCAAUUGGCAGCACGACCGGCAGCGGCUCUAUGGGCGGUUCUAGCGGAAGCAGCGUUGUGGAUAUGCAAUUGCGGACCACGAACACACCUCUAAAUUCUGAUGGCAGCGUGGGGAGCAGUGUAAAUGAUGGCGGCGAAGGCGAUGCCUCUGCGAAUAGGAACUCUGUUGUUAGUGGGGCUACCACAAAUGCUAUGUAUGACAAGCUUCGCCUACUAAAUGACCAUCAUCAACUUGGAGGGAUCGGCUCAUUGCAUCCAUCUACAGUCACUUCAGCACAGAUGGAAGCAUCGGUCCCAGCACCCCCACAUAACCUCCAUCAUACACAGCAGAUACAACCGCAAAUUCAUCUUGAUCAUCAUCCGGUUCAACCAAACACGCAUUCGCAGUCUCUUUCUCAUAUGCAUGUUUCAACAACAACCCUACCGACUCAAUCGCACACCGCAAAUACAUUAGCGCUCACACAUCACCAUCCUCAACACGCUGUGGUUAAUCAGUGUUGGCCACCACGCCACUACUCCACCUCAUGGUACUCACCGCCAUUAAGCAGUGGACUUUCCAGUGGAGCUGUGUCCAGUGGCCCGAAUAGCGUCGGUAGUGCUGCUAUUUUAUCACCCUCCAAAACUUUGGCUUCAGUCUUUGCAACAGGUGUUCAACCGCUCAGUCCUCAUGGCGGCGGUAAAACGGCAAAUGGAAACGGCGGAAAUGGCAGUAAUGGGAGCUUAUCGUCAGCGCAAGUCAACAGAUGCCCAAUAAGCGAUGACUUAAUGCUGAAAAAAGAACUCGAUGGACAUCACUCAGAUGAAACCGGUUCGGGCGAGGGCGAAAAUUCCAAUGGUGGUAUGUCGAAUGUAGGUGCAAAUGAUGACGAUCAAGCUCGAUUAAUACUUAAACGCAAACUACAGAGGAAUCGCACUUCCUUCACCAAUGAGCAAAUUGAUAGUUUAGAAAAAGAAUUCGAACGCACCCAUUAUCCUGAUGUUUUUGCGCGUGAGCGUCUGGCUGCUAAAAUAGGUUUGCCAGAGGCCCGAAUACAGGUUUGGUUUUCUAAUCGCCGCGCUAAAUGGCGACGUGAGGAAAAAUUACGUAAUCAACGCCGAACACCCAGCUCAACUGGAGGCGGGUCGUCUAUAUCUGCUACCUCUGUCGCAGACAGCCCCAACAGAAGCAGUAUGAACGGUAGCGUCGGCGCCCCGGUACUGCCCAGUGGAACACGCCUUUUUUUUGAUUAUUUCGGCUAUGCUACGCCAACAACAGAUGCACCGAUUCCAGAUGACGUAAUUUCCACACCCCCAUUAGCUCAUAACUCAGUUUCUACAGGUGAUGUAGUAGCUGCUACAACAGUGGCAGUACGUACUUCUGUUAGAGGCAGCGGAGCUGGUACCCCUGAUAAUCUUGGAGGCGGACAGCAAACAUCAUCAGGUAGCAGCAACGCCAGCGGUACAAGUGUUACAAAUUCGGUAGGUGGACAUUCCAUUGAACGUAGUAGUACAGGAGUGAUGGGACUUAGUGCAACCGCGAGCUCUGGAUGUGCGCCCAUUGGAGCAGUGCAUACAUAUCAUGCGGCGGCACAUCAUACACACCAUUUAGAUGGUUCCAUUGUACCGACGUUAUCACCUCGGCUUAAUUUGAAUAACGGAUUUAGCAGCUCUAUGGGGACUAUGUACCCAAUACAUCAUCAUUCCACAAUGGCCAUGAGUGAAACAUAUAGUUCAAUGGCGUCUAUGUCAUCCUUCACGCAUCCCUCAAUAUCACCGAUGCCCGGAUCACCAAUUUCUCAGCAACGUGACCUAACCCCGCCCUCACUAUAUCAGUGCCAUAUGUCGCUUCGUGCUCCCCUUCCACCUCCUCCACAUCACCAUGCAAUGAUUGGGAGUUUCGGCAUACCGUCGGUAAGCAGUGGACAUAGUAGUAGCAGUGCAAUGAUUGGGUGCGGUAGCUCUAGCUCAACUGCCAACACAAAUCAGCAGUUGGUAAGCAGAGGUUAUGAUACCACAGUUAAAAGUUAUGAACAAACGGUGGGGCUGCAACCACCAUUACCGCUACCAAUAGCUUGUUCAAACAAUGUUUCUGCCUUGCCUCAAGUUACCAGCGACAGCUCGGUAUCUGCCAUAAAUUGCGAUAGUGGGGCAACUACAUCGACAAACCUUAAUAACACCACCUUAUUAUCGACUCGGAACUCACCUUGCAGUCCAAUAAGCCAUCAGCUAGGUACACCCAACGAUGGUGGCGGUAGCAGCAGUACGGCAGCUAGUACCAUGCACAAUUACUCUCAACUGGGAUAUGGUUAUGCAACGGCCACCGCUUCAUCUACAGUAUGCAAUAAUAGUGGCGGCUCCACAGUCAUGGACAGUGGCCUUUCCUCAACAAGCUCGCAAAACCAAGUUGGAAAGCAGCAGCAGUUUUUCGCCUCAUGCUUUUAUUCACCAUGGGUUUGAAAGAAAUAUACAACAUUAGUCAUUCCCAACGCUCGAAGUGGUUUGAAAUACUUAAGUUUAUCAAUUAAUAGUUUCCUAAAUGAAAAAACCAUACAAAUUCAUUUUUAAAUUGAUAUUUUGUAAACUAUGAUUCCGUAGAUCUGCGAGAUCUAAUAGACGCUAAUAGUCGCCAUACCAAAUAUAAUUUAUUUUUAUCCAGUUUCAACACUACCUACUAUUUGAAGUUUUUUGAAUUUUUAUGGUUAUUUACUUUUGUUCUUUACAUUAGUACUUUUGUGCAUUAUUUAUGUUAAAAAUAUUUGAAUUAAUAAAGUGAUGAAAAAAAAAAUAUUUAAAAAAUCAUAGUUUACGAAAUGUGAAUUUAAAAAUGAAUUUUUACAUUUCUAAUUUUGCAAACAAUUUGUUUACAAAAUGUAUAUCGAUGAGUGGUUCCAAUAAAUAAUGCUCAACCCAAGGUUAUUGAAAUAAUACAAUUUUUUAAUUCGAUCUCGCAACUAUUAAAAAUUUAAACAAAAGGGUUAUAGAAUACUUUCGGCAUAUUCGAGAAAUCGAUAUACAUAUUAAUGUACUAUUAUUAGAUGAUGUGGUUUUAGUAUGAGAGGUCCAUACAGUCGAAAUAAUAAAUAAAAUUGUAUAGAAAAAUAA